CCGAAGCCGCGCAGGCCGCUGCCGACCCCGGGAGCGCAACCACCUGCUCAGCGGCCCAAUACGCCGGUGACGGCAGUAUCGUCGGGCGUACCCCCAUCAUCUUUCUAUGGCGAAAAGCAGUCAGCGGGCCCUCCCCCCCUCCCAUCGCGCCCCAAGAACGUCGGGUCGAGUACCACCGUCUUCUCACCACCCGUGAACUCCCCACCACCCGCGUACAGUACACCACCCUUCCGCGAGCCCGAGCUGGUGCCGGACAAUGAUGAGCUUCCACCCGACCAGUGGAACCUCUCUGCUGCGGCUGCUGCUGCUGGUCCGAACCCUUGGGAGGAGUCCUGGGGAGGAGGUGGAAGCAGCUGGGAUACCACACCGAACUGGGGCGGCCCCACGACGUACGAGACCGAGGUCAAGCACGCGUCUGUCGUACCCAUCGAUGGUCGCGACUUUGAGGCGGAGAACGAGUGGUGGAACCGCGAGAAGAUGUCGAAGGGAUCGUACCCAGGCCCGGGCAUGCUACCACCCCUCGUAGCAGAGGAGAUGCACUAUCAUGAGCACACACUCUACAGUGUGGCGGCCAACCUACCUCGCACCUUAUCGGAGCCUCAAGAGCCCACCGCAAGCACAUCGAGUCCGCCCCGUCGACCUUCUCCUGCUCCCGACUCGAUGACCGUUUCCUCUGAAGAGGAGGUUCGUAUGGCGGUUCCGCAUCCCAAUGCCUACUAUUGCCCUCGCGAGAACGGCUGGGUUAUUCUACUCUGGAAGAAUUCGUCUGUCGCCCCUCCACUUGCGCGCUCUUUCAAGUCGGAUCACCCACUCCCUCACCAAGAUCGGCGGCGAACGACCACAGACUGCGUCGCAGAGAAGAAAGAGAUGUUCGAGCCGAUGAACAAGACGCACCACUUUCAUCGUUACCAGAACGCGAUCGACUCUCGCAAGCUCACUCCGCCAUUUCUGCGCGACCUAUGGGAGGCCAGCCCCGAGAAGCAGCGCAGGCGCGGUGGGGCUAUACUUCCGGACGGCUUCGACCCGAAGAAGCUCAAAGAAGACGAGUUGGAAGACAGUGACGAGGAAGAGGGCCGGCUCUUCGAUCUGUACAUCUGUUGCCAAUGUCAGUUAUACGUAGUGGCGAGCGGGCUGAUCCCAGGGAUCAUACCUCGCGACACGUGGGCGCAGUUCCUCGAAGACAAGAUGGCAAACCCACCACCUGGCACAUUGCCGAAGCAAUCAGCACACCAGGCCGUGGAGACAAUAUUGCUCGCUAUCGAAAACCAUGUCUUCAAAGGCAAGCAUAAGCCCCUGCGUACAGACGGGACUGCCUUCCAGAAGAAGCUCGGAUAUGGCCCUGCUGUCAAGGAGAUAUUCUCCCUCAUGGGUUUCAACGAGGAAUCGUCGAAGAACGAAAUGCAUCUACGACCUCCCGAGAUCGACUCCAACACUCCGCACGGGAAGAUCAAUCGUCAACGCUUACUUCGCGUUUGGGUCGAGAUCAGCUCUUGGCUAUACAUCUACAGAAAGCUCAAUCGUACGCACCUCCGUGGGCCAGUGGAUGAGGUACUGAUGUUGCAUACAGCCGAAGCACUCGACGGGAAGCGGAAUUAUUCGGUCCACGUUAACCUGGAGGGCGUUCGAGAGAUGUAUCAGACUGCUAUUGGGGCGCACGUUGACCAAAUCCCUCGCAAUCUUCUCAGCCAGAAGAUGGUUCAAGCUUCGGAGACGGAUAUGUUGCCACCCGGGGUCUGGCAGGGCUUGGGCUUGACUUACAGAUCGUACUCACCAGAGCUCCUCGCUUUCGGCUACCUCGCCCAGUGCCGCUGCGAUCCCGCAAAUACCAUGCUCUACUACACCUACCUGGCCACCAUCGUCCAGCUCAUGUCCACCCUCGGCGAAGACGUUCCCCAACAACUACAGGAACUCCUCGCGAUAGAGAACUCCCGCAACCGCUUUACGCAAGCUGACCUCGAGCGCGCCGUCGCGCAGCUGGGCUUCGGUCCGGAAGGUUCACUACGCGUCGACUACGAUAAUGAGAUUGACGACGAGUUCGUCGCCAAUGCGUGGCGUGCGCGCGUUAAGGAGGCCAUGCACGAUACGAUCGACGGCGCAAACAAGCUGAGGGAGGCGAAUGAGGCGUUCAGGAUUGUGGCGGAGGCGCGGGGGAGCGUGGCCCUGCAUGGCAUGUGGGAGUACAGCAAGUCGAUGAUGACGGCGGAUCGGGCGUACAAGCUGCUCGAGAUACCGGAGGAUACGGAGGAUGAGAUGGUGAUCACGGUCUUCAAUAUGCGGCUUGAGGAACGUCCGCAUGAGGUGGAGAAGAUGCGGGAGGCCAUCGUCACGAUCGCAGACGUUCGCGACAGCGAGCGUUUGCGGCAGUUCGCUCGCACCGGUGUUGAUCCGGGCUAUAUACGCGCGCCGAUCCGCCCAGACCUCCCUAGAGGUCUGAACCAGCUCACCAAUACCUGCUAUCUCAACUCCCUCCUGCAGUACUUCUACACCAUCAAGGACUUGCGAGAAGCCGUGCGACCCAUGUUCCAGGCAGAUGCAAAGACGUUGGCGGACGACAAGAUGACGGACGACCAACUGAAGAAGCAUCGCGUUGGCGGUAGACUGGUCACCCGGCGAGAGAUCGUGCGGUCGCGAAAGUUCAUUAGCCAGCUCGCAGCCUUGUUCCACCAGCUCGAGCACGACAACAACCCGGCCAUCACGCCGACGAUCGAACUUGCGAAGCUCGCUUUAGUCACUUCCAAGGACGAAGAGGAAGACGAGGUUGAGCGCGGCGGUACGGCGUCGUCGAACGACACCGACGCUACCCUAGUAGAAGAUUCCGCGUCUCCCGGAGCGCGGUAUGGAAGCCCUGAAGAGGGCACGCGCAGUCCAGGAGGCACCGUACUAGGCAAGCGACCACGCAAGCUGGGUCGGGCAACAACAGCCAGCGCGAUGGACGAGGACACGCCUGUGCGGGAGGAAGAAGGGUAUGUGAUGGUUCCGUCGCCGCCGGUAUCCCCGCGACAUGCACGGAAGACGUCGGAGGUGAAGGACCAGGAUGGCGAUGUCAGCAUGCGGACGGCGACGCCCCACGCAGAGACGAAGUCGACUGCCCUCGAGCAGCCCAUGGCGCCUAUUGUGCCAAGGGAUGACGAGAUGAUGUUCGGUCGCCAGCACGAUGUUGCGGAGUGCAUGGACAACUGCAUGUUUCAGAUCGAGACGGCCUUGUUGCGCUUUGAUGGCUCUGGCGGGCCAGAGUCUUCACAAGACAUCGACAAGACGAGUGUGGUCAAGCGCCUCUUUUACGGCAAGCUACGCCAGCGAAUCGUGGCAUCACCAGAGAACGCAUCCUCCCGAAGCUCCAUACACGAGAAGGAAGAUCUGUUCUCGCAUUUGCCUUUGAACGUGACAGAGGACGGCACGGACAUUUACGACGGCCUCAGUGGAUACUUCUACGACACGGUCGAGUUCGAAGGCAAGAAGAGUCGCAUGGAGGUUGAGCUUGUGGAUGUCCCGCCGUUGCUGCAAGUACAACUCCAGCGUGUACAAUUUAACCGCGAGACACUUCAGCCGUAUAAGAACCAGGCUUAUGUCAAGUUCCACGAGACGAUCUACUUGGACCGUUACCUAGACGGUGGCGAUCCGCAGAAGAAGAUGAGGUCCAAGGCGAUACAGCAUGAGCUCACGUCCUGUCGGGAUCGAUGGCGGUUGCUCAAGCAAGGAAAGGGUGGCGCACCAUACUACAACACCCUCGGCUCGACCAUCAGCUUCCUCUCGCGCCAAGAGGCUAUUGAGCUUCCAGAAGCCGAUGCCCAGCUCAUCAAUGCACUUCGCGCUGAGCAGGAAUUCGUCCAGCUAGAAAUGGACAGCCUGCAGAAGAAGAUCGUUGCGCUCAAGACCGAGCUCGAGGCGCUGUGGGCGGACGACCACGAGGUCGCGUACGAGCUCACGAGCGUGUUCAUUCACCGCGGAAACAGCCCGUCGUGGGGUCACUACUUCUUCUAUUCGCGGAACUUGCCUGGGCAGCCUGAGCAGUGGUUCAAGUACAACGACUCGGACGUCACCGUGGUGGACAAGAGCGAGGUGUUCGCGGAUACAACGGGAGAUACGGCGAAUCCGUACUUGCUCGUCUUCGCUCGGAAGGGUGCCGAGGUCGUCGAUACCGUCAAGCGCGCGGUAUAAUAGAAUCGUUCGACUAUAUGAACUAUCUUGACCAGCGCGCCAUAGUCGCCGGCCGAUUUGUAGAAUCUCUGAUCAUCUGGGACUGACCAUCAUGCGCAUUGUACUUUAUUCAACAUGCUUCCAAGCGUCUGUAGUAUCCUUAUUUAUUCUCGAUUUCUCGUGUUCCACUU